AUGAGAGCUGUUGUCGAGCUCGAAGCUGCCGCCGCACAACACCAAGCUGCCACUGGUCAGGCCUCCGCACAGUGGCUUCUUUCGAGUUGGGCCCUCUUCUCUUCUUGCGGUAUCAGCCCGCACGCCCUCAUUCCCACUCAGUUUGGUGCUCGCUGCCGGGUCUGCAGGGUUCUCUACAACGGUACCAACAUGUACCUACGAGUCGGUGGAAGCUUCUGCGAUGGGGAAUUCUGCGCCGGUCACAGACCAGCCGAUCACAGAUUCUCUGCGUUCGUUAGUAUCUGCUGCUGGCUGCAGAACGUCUUCAAUCAGUAUUGCAAGCACAGGCCGCCGGUCCAGCCGUGGAAGUCUCUGCUUGGCAUGACAGCUUCUGAGCUCUGGUGUUGGGAAAUCGUAAACGCCUUCCAGCAAAAAUGUAAGAACGGCUUGGUCGUUCUCGCUGGCCAUUGGCAGGCGCUGCUUCAGCAGGGCUGGUGUAACAGCCCAAUCAUCAAGAUCUGGGAAAUCAAGGUCGUCCUGCCUGCCUACUACUGCUUCAGGCACUGCGCCUUUGCGAUCCACCUGGUCGGAAACGGCUGGUGGAUCUUCGAUCCGACUAGAGUCCAGUUCGACCCGGACUGGCCUCUGCUCUCCCCCCUCAACGACUUCCCCGCGCGCACGAGGUCGAAUAUACCCUGGCGAUAG